UUCAUACGAUCUAGUGGACCCUAACCGUUUAUUUAAGAUAUGAAUAUUUUUCCAAUAAUUAUUUUCGUAUAUAAUUUAAAACAUAUAUUCCCACAAUGUGUUUUGCGCUUUAAAGAUGAUAGUAUUAAACAAACAUUAGUACGUCGUUUAAAUUCGAUUUAUAAUCAAAAAUAUUCGACAUUAGCUGGAAGUAAUAUGGGAGACGUAAAAUAUCAAUACAAAAUCUGUGAUUGCCCAAGUGAAGAAAUAAAGCAUCUUAAUUCUUCAGUCAUACAAUAUCAAUUGACAGAUAAUAAAUGGGGGAGCAAUAAACUAAUAGGAAGUCAUCUUGAGAUGGAUAUAGAUGGUGGAGAUAACUGGUUCCUAAUUACCUAUUAUGAAGGAGAUCCUUAUCUAGAUAUGUGCUUAGGCUCAAAGAGAAAAGCAAAAAUAAUAAUAUUAUGUGAUACAACGGUGAAAAAACCUACCUUUAAGUUUUUAUAUGAAUUCAAAAAUAUGAUAAAUAUCUCUCCAAUUCAAAACAAAGAAGCAAAAAUUCCAGAUUGUGGUUAUGUAUUUGAAUUGAGGCUUUGGGAAGACUCCUUUUGUGUUGAUGAUAAAAAUCCUUCCCACAGUAAUCCCGGGAAAAGGAGACACCAGGGUAAAAGCACAGGGUCUAUAUUGUCAAUACUGUUUUUCACAUUUUUUGGCGUCUACCUGACAUUUGGGACUCUUUAUAGAAAAUUUAUAUUGGGUGUUGGAAAUGGGAUCGAUAUUCUUCCUAAUCUUGAUUUUUGGAGGAAUUUUCUUGAAUUACAAGCAGACGGUUGCAACUACUUUUUUAGAGAAAAUCCAAUAGUUAAAAGUAGAACUUCUAGCGGCUCUCGAAAUGAUUAUUCAUCUUUUUCCAAUCAAAAUAUUAAUCCUAUCCCUAGCUAUAAUACGCCUAAUACAGGAUUAAGCUUGACCAGUGACAACAAUUCACAUUAUAAUGAGUUUAACAAUUUACCAGGUGCGACUUCUAAUGCUCCUCUUGGUUAUGCAAUAUCCUCUCAUGAUGAAAAUUUAUUGAGGUAGAAUCUUUUAUAUUCCCAACAUUUUUUUAAAGAGUGGAAGUUCAAUCCAUCACGAUAUUAUUUGUUUUACUUUGAAUAUUAUACAGUAUGUGCGACACUUAUUUGACUAAAAAAUCUUGUUUAAUAAUAUAUAUUGCUGAUUUAAUUCAUUACUAUAUUAUAUUUAAAUUCGUAUUUAUGGUUUUAUAUUAUACAGCAUUAAUAAAUA